AUGGCCUCUAAGCGAGCGCCUCUCGCCAGCAAUCCCAAUGUCGCCAACUCGCCUCUACGCGCACCCUCAAUCCUGGCCGGUUAUGCCAAGCCAAAGCGGUCCUUUGCUACGGUCCAGCGCGAAGAGCCGUACGGACAGCCUCCGCCGGUGAAGAAGCAAGCUCUCGAAAAUGGCGCCCAACGGGCCGUCCGAUCGCCGUCGAAGCCAUUGGCCCGCGCCCCAGCACACAUUGUAGUCCCUCGCAACUCGAGUGCUGUCCCACGCCCCGUUGCGAGAGAAAGAACUGCUAGAACGGCCACCGCUACGGAAACAAGAGCUACGCAAGAUGUUGAAAGGGAGGCGUGGAAGAAGCACCACCGGGCCAAGUUCCCCAAAAUGGUCUUUUACUUUGAGAGUAUACCAGAUGACGUUCGGGCAAAGUUGACCAAGAGGGUCACAUACCUUGGUGCUCGCCAAGAGCCCUUCUUCUCAAUUGACGUUACCCAUGUCAUCACAACGCGAGCUAUCCCUCCCGAAAAACCAGAGGCUGGGGAAGCCGAAGUUGAGGUGUCUGAGGAACAACAGCCCGAGGAGCAGCCCCAAACCAUCAACCCAUCUCUUCUUGACAGGAACACCGCCGCCAGGCGAAGGUUGCUCUUUGAUUUUCGUCAAGCUUCUUCGGUGCCCUCCCAGUUGGACGGUCUUGCGAGACGCAACAAGACGAUUCGUAACAACGAUGUUCUAACCAAGGCUCGAGACAUGGGCAAGAAAAUCUGGUCUCUUGAUAAGUUCCAGAGCAUGCUUGCUGUCCUUCUCGAGUCAGAAAACCAAAGCUAUAGCUCUCGAUCUGCGAGCACGAGGAGUCACUACGGCACUAAGGGCUCUCACGAGCCCAAUUUGUUCCAGCUUCUUCACAAUGAGCGUAUAAAUGGACCCUCCGAUCGUGACCCAACUGCAAUCAGUCGGGAGUUGACGUAUUUCAAGGGUCCGUAUGUCUAUAUCUGGGAUAUGGAUGAGAAGCAGAAACCCAUCAUGGUUCGUGAAUAUGCCAAGGUUGCGAAUAAAACCGACGGCGAAUGGCCCCAGUUUCGCAGUGUUGGGAACGGACGCUGCCCCUUUGUUGAGGAAGUGGACGCUGCUGAAAAGGACUACCGAAAGGCACGAGAGCGGGAAAAGGCGCGCUUGGCUAAGAAGGAAGAAUCUGUUCAGAUUCUCAAAGCCCCCGAGGUCCCUCCCAUGAAACCCGUGACCGGAAAGCGCACUUUGACAGAGAUGGAAGAUGCUCAUAACCGAGCUCGUGCCAGUGUGUCGGCGGAGACGAUCCAGCCGGUAAAGGUCACAUUCUCCAGGCCGUCGGCAGUACCGGCUCAGAAUGCCUUUACUAGUCGAGCCGAGGGUGGCCGUAUGUUUGCAGGAGAGCCUGUGGCCUCCGGCAUUCAAAACACUAUAACUUCGGCAAUCCGUUCCCAGAUGAUCUCGUCGACAUCUGGCAUCAACGGCGCAAAGGCCGGAACCAGCAAGGAGGUUCAUGGGCUGCAGAGGAAAGUUCUGCAGAUGGCCCAGCCGGCUUCGCACGAUGCUAGCUCGCGCCGCCUUGCAGAAAUCCCUGCGGACGUCGCGUCUAGCCGGUCGACAACACUGACCCGAACCACGUCUAAGACGAUCCAGGGUCAGGAGGAAGAUGGCCAAAAAGCGGAGAAGAAGGCACCUGCGCAGCACCUGAAGAGCAAGCGAGACUUGAAGCCAGGCUACUGUGAGAACUGCCAAGACAAGUUCCGCGACUUUGAUGAGCACAUCUUAUCUCGCAAGCACCGCAAGUUUGCGGAAAAUGACGAGAACUGGAUAGAGCUGGAUGCUCUUCUUACACAGCUAAAGCGCAUACCAAAGUUCUCAGCUGCUCCUUCUGAUGAAUCAGAAGGAGAGUGGUAA